AUGAUUCGCAGGUACCUGAAGAAAGUGAAACCCCUGUACGAGAAGCUCUCACAAAAACAGAAAACCUCUCCUCCUCCUCCGCCGGCGGCGGCGGCAUCAAGAAUCAUGGCGGCGGAUGACAAUAAGGAAAAAGACGGGCAGGCAAGCAUCUUACAAUCUUUUUCGGGGAAUCUUAGGUUGUACCCUGUGAGAGCACGAAGCUACGUGUCGAGCUGCCCGUCGUCAAUGGGGUCUUCGCCCAGCCACGCCAAAAGCGGGUUCGGGUACGGAUUCGGGUACCCCAGAACGGGUCGGGUCGGAAUGUACAACGCGGAUGCGUCGUCUAUGGAGGAGCUGCAGAGCGCGAUUCAGGGUGCGAUUGCCCAUUGCAAGAACUCCAUGCUUCUCAAUAAUAAGGCUAUGGUCAGUAAUGAAGUUUGA